UCGCACACAAAAUGCCCAAAGGCGAGAGAGCGCAGGACCACUUCGCGACCUAUAAGUCUUGUUUUCUUCUCUACCUUUGCACAAGUUUGAGGAACACUUCAACGAUUGGACGCGGACCCGAUUUUUUCCCGAGAGUUGUUCGCCGGCGGAGCUGGUGGGAAGCAAAAGAGGAGCGCUGAGAUGGAAUGAUUUGUCCGUGGAAAAAACAGUCCUGCGAACAACUUCGGGCGUCUCGUGUUUGGGAUAAAUGGGCACGCGGAGCGUUGACGGAGCCGGGGUCCCGCGGCAACCUGUUGAACGGGUUCAGAUUUUCGGAUUAACUUUCUUGGAAGUUGGCGUUCAAGUUUGCCUUAUGACUCUGCUGUGAGUUUUCGCGACCACCACCUCCUCCUCCUCCAUCAUGGCAACAUUAGGCGCGCUGGCACGGACCCUCCGCGGCUCACUGGGCUCCUUAACGUGGGCGCUCCUGGUGGUAGUCUGCUUAUCCGCCGCCUCGCCGUCCCACGGUCGGAGACUCAUAUGCUGGCAGGCCAUCUUCAAUUGCCAAGCGGAGCCCGAGUGCAAUUACGCGUACGAUCACUACAUGCGCGCGUGCGGCCCGGUGCUUAACGGCGACCGCAAGAAGUGCCCCAGCCAUUGCAUCUCAUCCCUGGUGCAGCUGAAUUUAACUCGAAACGGGCCCGCGCUGGAGGACUGCAGCUGCGGCCACGACCCGGUGUGCACUCGGACCAAGCGGGCCAUCGAGCCCUGCUUACCCCGGACUACCAGCACGGGCUGCACGGAGGCCCGGCGUCAGUGCGAGCGCGACUUGCAGUGCAGCUCCACCAUGCGCGACUAUUUGCACCACUGUGGGAAACUUUUCAGCGGCGCCGUGUGCACCAACGCGUGCCGCAACGUGAUUGCAAAUAUGCGCAAAAUCCCCAAGGGACAGCAGCUGGACACUUGCAUGUGCGACGGCACCGAGAGGGCCAUCUGCGAGUUUGUCAAAAGCAGCAUGAAGAGCCUUUGCUUCGACGCGCCGGAGAGGGAGGAGAGCAGCGGCUUUCACGAGAACUACGAGCCGGGGGACGAUGAGGACUACCCGGACUACCAGGAGUUGGAGAGUGGAGUCUCUCACCCGGAGAUCCGCUGGGUUUUCACCCUGCUGCUGGCAACCAUUUUGGCUCUUAAUCCUCUCUUUUAAUCAAAAGUUGGAGGACUUGGACAUUUCAAUAAAAACUUUAGUGGAUUAUAUUUCCUAUGCAAAUGGCAUCAGAGGGAUACUUUUGUAGCUCACUCUCACCAGAUGCUUGGCCCGUACAUAAGAUCGUUCUACUACACAGAGCUUGCAGCAAGUGUUUAAACUGAUACAAUGCUGUACACUGCCAAUUUGUUGUUUUGCAAAGAUAUGAGCUAUUUUUAUAUGACUGACUGUUGCCUUUCAAGGCAUCUGAUUUACGAGUAUUUAAUGCUGGAAUCUAAAAAAGUGUAAAUAGAAGGGUUAAAGAGAAAAUAAUUUAUUACAUGCCAAGUAGUCACAUCCAAAUCUUCGUAUAGUGUGAAUAAAAGACUGAGAAUUCCAGCUUUAAAGGGAAGUUAUUAUUGCCUGUAUGUACAUUGUAUAUAUGUGUAUAGCCAAUAUAGAUUUGAAUCCUCUAUGGUGCAGGCUAUGGACUGUUUUAUUGACUGUGUGUAGCCUAUAGAAAUAAUGUCUAAAUCCACUGUAUGGUUGCCUUGAUGAUAUACUUUUAUAGGAGGCAUAAAAGGAAAACUUGAAUACAACAUUUUUGACUGUGGCUUGUUUUUGUAGAGCGGUUUAACGCUUUUGAAUCAUAAUUGAUGCAGAUUUUGGCAACGUGAUCAGCUGUUUUUGUAACUUUUCUCGUAAAAAUGCACGAUAAUAUCGGGUACCGAUAAAUAUCGGCCAGCUAUGGCAAUUAUGCACGGCAAAACACACCUCCUUAA